AGUGAAGAAUGAUAGCCAUAAAUAAAUAUACACAUAAUUUCAAUUAUUAGCUCAAAGCCUUUCCUUCUUUGUACCAAACGCUCAAAAUAUCACCACCCACUCCACCACCGUCACCGUCGCACCCUCACCGCCUUCUCACCCUAUCAACGCCCUCACACAUAACAGAACAAAACAAAAUUCCCUCACAAACACGAGACCCUAAAACCUUUCUUUUCUCUUCCUUCUUUUUUCUUCUUCGUUCUUUCUUUCUUUCUAUCUUUCUUUCUUUCUUUUUUUUCCCGUUUUGCCCUUUCGGUUCUAUUCUAUCUAGUCUCUCGUUUUUCUAUGGCUUCUUCGCUUCUUCUUCUUCUCCUUCUCCUUUGCGUUUCUGUGAUUCAAUUCGCGUCUGCGUUUUCUUUUUCUUCUUCUUCUUUGUGCCUUCCUCAGCCACCUUCGUUUCUCUAUAAUCUCCAAUCGCAGUGUCCAAUCUCGAUCCCGUCGAAUCCGCCUCUCCAGGUGGAUGGAAAUUUUUUAGACGGAGUUCUGUCUGCCAGAAAGAGUGUAGAGUAUAUUUCUAUACUCUUCUAUGCCUCCUGGUGCCCAUUUUCUCAAAAAAUGCUUCCGCAAUUUGAAACUCUCAGUUCGAUGUUUCCUCAAAUAGAACAUUUGAUUAUCGAGCAAUCAUCAGCUUUGCCAAGCUUGUUUUCACGAUAUGGAAUCCAUAACUUGCCUGCAAUAUUACUAGUGAACCAGACAUCAGUAUUGAGAUAUCAUGGACCAAACAAUCUCCUUCCCGUUUCAGAAUUUUACGAAAGAAACACGGGGAUAGCGGCAAUUAUUAAUGUUGUUGAUCAACCUAGCAGCAUGACGAUGACGAGUGAUGAGAAUUCGGCUAUGAACCUGUUUGGUCUGUCUCUGAACGAAACAUGGAGCAGGGAUCCCUACUUGGUAUUCUCUGUAUUGUUUCUUUGUUUGAGGCUACUUCUCUUUGUGUUCCCCAAGAUCGUCUCACGUCUCCGAGCAUUCUGGGUUUCCUGCAUUCCUCAUCUGAACCUGCAAAUAUUUGGUGAGACGAGCCAAGUGAUGGGACGUGUGCUUCAGGUGAUAGAUGUCAGGAGGAUUUGGAACAGGUUAAGACUGUGCAAGAUUAGGAUUUUUCAAGAAAGGGCAAGGAGUGCCCGAGCUUGGGCUUCAUCUUUGGCUUCUGUUUCUCUUGGUGAGUCAUCAUCAGCUAGGUCAUCCACACAAGGCUUGCAGUGAAGCUUGGCAGCUCAUAGUCUUCUUCUCUCGCUAAUUUUGUUGUAGUACUAAUAGCCAAAUGUUGAUUUAUGUUUUAAGCUGGGUUUUGAGAGGAAGCGAACAGGCAUGUAAAUUUGAGAAGUGUUUCCUUUCGUGUAAAUUAGUUGUUUCUGAAUGAAAUCAUACACGUUACUGUAGAA